AAACGUACGAUAACAAAUUAGUAUAAGAAGAAACGUUUGAAUAAAAUCAUUACUUUAAAACUUCAAAAUGAAGUUUGUUGCACUUUUUUCCCUAUUCACACUUUUUUCAUCACCAGUUUAUAGUAACAUAGCUGGACGCAUUAUUGGUGGCAGUGAUGCUAAAGCUGGAGAAUUCCCAUUCACUGCAGCAAUUUACAUUCAUACCAGUUCAGGCCAGUAUUUUUGUGCUGGAGCUCUGCUUAGCCGCGAGUGGAUUUUGACCGGUGCUCAAUGUGUUGAUGGUGCCCUUCAGUUUACUAUAGUUCUUGGUUCUAACAAUUUGCAAGAUAGUAAUGACCCCAACAGAGUUAAAGUAGCUACUGAAGAGUACUAUCUGUAUCCAAAGUAUGAUGCGUUCACUCUUCAGCAUGAUAUUGCUCUUAUUAAGUUGCGUCUGCCUAUAGAAUAUAGCGAUUACAUUCAACCAAUCCUUUUACCAACUGCAGAACUGGUCGAUUAUUCGGUAGUUGUAGCGCUUGGGUGGGGACAAACCAGUGAUGAGGAUGCCGGCAAUGUUUCUGAUCUUCACAGAGUUAGCAUCACGGUUUUAAGUAACCAGGAAUGUCGAAACACUUACGGGACUCAAAUUAUCGAAGAAAUGGUCUGUGCUGAAGGAAAUUACAACCAAGGAACUUGCCAUGGUGAUAGUGGUGGUCCUUUGAUUCAAUAUGUUUACGGACAAUCUGCCACACAUGUCGGUGUGUCUAGCUUUUUCAGUGGAAAUGGGUGUGAAUCAACCGAUCCGUCUGGUUUUACAAGGACUUUUCCCUAUGUUGAAUGGAUAAGAAAUGUAACACAAAUCUAUGAAAGACUAAAAGCGAAAAUCCAUGAAAGAGGACAGGCAGAGUUUAAGAAAGAAAUAAGUAAAGAUAGAGGACGAAUAAAAGAUAAACCAUUUCUACAUAGAUACCUACGUUUGAAAUACUACAUAACUAAGUUAGCGAGUCAAUUCAAACAUAAUAACAAAAUGAAAGUCUUUUGGUCAGUAAUCUUAUGUCUCUCAGUUUGCCUAAAACCCUCAUCUCUAACAAAAAAUAUUGCAAAUACUCGUAUAAUUGGGGGUAGGCAAGCACGAGCCGGUCAGUUCCCUUUCUCAGCUGCGAUAUUUGCCAAAACUUUUGACAGUGCGGUGUUUUGUGCUGGGGCCCUUUUAAGCAACCGCUGGAUUUUAACAGCAGGCCAUUGUGUGGAAAAUGGCACGGAAUUCGUUAUUACCUUAGGAUCAAAUUCACUUUCUGACGAUGAUCCCAACAGGUUGAAUGUCAGCACCUCUAAUUAUUUUCUGCAUCCAGAGUUCAACCGAACCACUCUAGAUAACAACAUUGCUUUGCUAGAGCUUCGUCAAAAUAUUGAGUUCAAUGAUUACAUUGCGAAAAUACAUUUGCCAGUGAAGGCGUACGGUUCAGAUGUUAAUGUUGUUGCAAUUGGAUGGGGUCAAGUCAGUGACCUUGAACCUGGUCCAGUUGACCACUUAAACUAUGUGGAUUUAGUUACCAUAUCUAACGAACAUUGUAAAAUAUACUUUGGACCACACGUAACGGAUAACGUUGUUUGUGUUAAUGGAAUCUUUAAUGAGGGUCCCUGUGUGGGUGACAGUGGGAGUCCCCUAAUCUAUUAUUUAGACGAUCGGCAUCCCAUUGCAAUUGGGGUGUCUAGUUUUCUCAGCAGUCGUGGUUGUGAAAGUUUGGAUCCUUCGGGUUAUAUGAGAGUGUUUCCUUAUCUCAACUGGAUUUACAAUAUCACAGGAGGUUUAGACUAAUGGUUGUUCUUUUUGUAAUAAAAAUUACGCAAAAAUAAAUAAGUCGCACUUA